AUGACAUUCGCUAUGCUGCGCACGGCGCCUCCCGCAGGCCGCUUCUUGUAUGGCGACAUCGCGCUCCUUUCCGAAGACGAAGACGAGAACGGGAGCGAAGGGUCCGGCUCCGAUGAGCACAGCUCCAACGCCUUCCGCCUGUCCUCCUCGUCCCCGUCUGCCUUCCACAUCAAGAUGAGCAGGAAGAGGAAGAUGUGCGCGGGAAUUGGCAUUAGCGGGGUAGGUAUGGGGGGCAUGUUGGGAAGGCUCGCCCCGCCAGGCAUGUCUCCCCCGGGGGAAAUUCGCCAGAGGACUGCAGCCAACGCGCGGGAAAGAGAUCGCACCAACUCUGUCAACACUGCGUUCACGGCGCUGCGCACACUCAUCCCCACCGAGCCUGCAGACAGGAAGCUGUCGAAGAUCGAGACUCUACGUCUGGCCAGCAGCUACAUCAGUCAUCUGGGGAACGUCUUGCUAGUGGGAGAGGGACUUCAUGAAGGACAGCCGUGCCACGCUCCUUCACCACCGUUCUUCCAUGUCAACUCCUCCCCCACCCGAGGAUCUGACCAAUCGACUCAGCCCAAGCACAUCUGUACUUUCUGCCUCAGCAACCAGAGGAAAAUGAACAAAGACCGAGACAGGAAGACAGCCAUCAGAAGCUAACAGUGAGGACGCACACCAUGUGGAUAAGGUGCUCGUCACUUUGACAGCACUUUGGGUGAUUUUACAAUUUCUGCAACUUGAAGAUGUACAGACUUGUGAUCCAUUGCAAGGACUUUUCAAGGAAUUCUAUAGCACUUCCAGGACUUUUCAAGGAACUUUAUGAAGCGUUUUUUUUUCCCGGUUGACUUAUUAUUUUGCUUUAUAUGAAAUUUUUUAUUCUACAGUGUUUUCAAAUAUGAUUCAAACACUCCUGAAAUGUUUAACUAUACUUUUUAUGGGCUUUUGCUUUCUUAUCAACACCACAAAGAGACUUUCAACAACACUUAUGAGAGACCUUGUACUGUAUUGACUCAACAACUGUUUGUUCAGAGUCAGUGGAACUUAUGGCACAUGAUCGAAAAAAUACAAAACCUAUGAAAGAUGUUUGUAUUCAAAAGCUGUGUGUUAUUAAUGUGUAAACUGAAAUAUAAAUGUAUAUUUAUGUGACAUUACAUUAUAUAAUGAAACUAUGUUAUUUAACAGGCAUAUGACAUUAUGGAAAAAUAAUGAGAAUUGGUUUAAGGUACAAAGCGAUGGCUAUUGAUACAGUUUAUGGCAUUACAAAAAAAAAUCAUGCUGGAACUUUUGUGGUAUAUUGGUUAUUUCUAAUAAUAAUUUCUGGAAGUUGAUGCUGGAAAAUAACUCAAGAUGACCAAUAAAUCUUUUUGUAUAUCUGGAA